AGGACUUUAGUUGCUUCUCUGAAAGCUUCAGUCCGGGACGUGUGUCAGUCACGGCCCGCCUCGUUUACCGCCACGGAAUCUGGGGCGAGUCACCAAUCUCUAUCUGAAAAUGAAUUUGGGAAUCACUAAUCGCGCUGAUCCACGGGUAUCCAUCUCUUGCUCGCACUUCAGCUCACUAUCUUUCAUCCGAAUCGGUGGCAGAGGCAAUCAUCGAACAUCGUGAAAUCAUCUUCGCCAUCGCCACGAGGUCAAGUGUUUUUUUCGGCCGGCCAAUUUCCAGCCAUAUGCUUCUGACAUCAGCUUCACGAGUUUCUCCCUCAUGUCUCCGUCUGACUGGCAGGGCUGGGAUAUUCUGGCCCGGGCGCCACUCCUUCACUCGUCACCGUCUGGUUAUUGAGUGAAGGUGAUUUCAGGUGGCCGAUGACCUCACACCAUGAAAGCAGCGGCGGGAGGAGGAGGAGGAGGAAGAAGAGAAGCAACGAGAUUUGGGGUAACCCUAAGUUGGGCCAACACAAAAGCAUGGAAUCUUGCGGCCUCACGCAAAAAGGUUGUGAACACGCUUCCAAGGGACAGGGAUGCAGCCUUCAUCGGAGGCAUGUCUACCCCACCCUCCCACUAGUUCACCCCUUGCUUUCACGUCAUCUUUGUGCUCACUUCCAGUACUUUUCUCCAUCCUCUACCGUACCUACAGAUUCUUUCCUUGAGAUUACAAGAAUGGGUGGAUUUCAAGGAGUAGUUUAAUGAAUGAUAUGUUUCCAGGCGAUACCAAGUAGAUAAGUGUUUCGACAGGUAUAUUCAGAAGAUGAGAUAGGUGGUCGAAAGUAACAACGACGAGGUACAUGCAGUGCAAGUAUGCACAGGAAUAAAAGGGAAGAAUCAAUGUCUUUUAAAAUCAGUUGAAACACAUGGAGGAGUAGAG